AUGCAGACGGCAACAAAACCAGAAGCGCAACAAACAAAUGUAAAUCCAGGGAACGAUCGACACCAUGCGCAUAAAAAAACUCGUGCGGAUAAAUUAUCCACACGUCGAACAGCAGUUUUAAUGCGAAAUCCAAUGAGUAUUACACUUAUGGUAUUAUGGGCUAUUGCUUGUGAGGGGGCAUUGAUGCUUAAUAUAUUAGCUGAUGUAUUUCAGAGUCAAGCACCUGUAUUCCCCUUGGUCCCUACUAUAAUUACAAGCAUUGGAUUAAAUACACUUUGUGCUUUCCUUACAUCCAUAAUGGGACGAUUAACACUUCGAAACUUUCGUAUGUAUCAACCUUUCCUUGGAGGUCAAGCCUUUGUCGUUAUGCAAGGAUUUGGAUAUGGUAUACUAGUGAUAUCUAGUGUUUUACUUUUUGUAUAUGUGGAAUAUCUUGAUUCCGCUUCACCUGUAUUUCGUUACGGAACACUUACCGUAUUGGGCUGUUUUAGUGCGAUAGCAGAUAUUACACUAAUGGUUUCUCUCUUAUUCUUUGUAACUAAACGGCAUAAACGAAAAAAUAAUGAACGAUUAGUAUCAGAAGAAUCAAAAAGUGAUGCAUCUGUUUGGUGGCGUGAUCUUUCUGCUCCACCUAAUGCUGAAAUUGGUAUAGUUGUAUUAUUUUGUAUAGCUAUACUUACAAGUUCUUCAUUUGCAGAGUAUUAUCCAGGUAUGAGACGUAUAAGCUCUAUUGUUGGAGCCUUUUUUCUAAUUCUUGGUAUGAUAACGAUUCAUGUAGGAAUAGGAUACUGGUAUACACCUGGUUAUAGACUCUUUAUGCCUAAUGCUGGUGGACUGAAGAUGAGUAUUAUGCAAGCCUUUGGAUGGUUUCUUGCAUGUGCGAGUUUGCAAUUAGAUAUGGUAUUAUAUGAAGCAGGUGCCAGUUCUUCAUCAUCAUGGCAUAUACUUUGUGGUUUAUGUUCUGUUAUUAGUAUGAGUACACUUCUUAUUUUUGUGAGAUUACAUCGUUUCCCUACUUCUACACAGAAUGAAUUAUCUAUUUUAGCAGAAUACGGUCCUCUUGUACUUACCGUUGCUAGUAUUAUUCAUGCUGGAGUAGUUUGGGGAUUAGCACUUUUACUUUCAUCUGAACGUUAUGAUUUGGAACCACGUCUUCGACAAGGACUUAUUAUGUGUCAAACACUUUCUUCAUUAUUAACAUUUACACUUCCACCUUGUACACAUCUACUUGGACGAAUCGCUUUUGGAAAAAAAUAUGGAGUUUGGAUGCCUUUUAAAGGUCCAUUAGAGUUUGUAGUUCUUCAAAGUGCAGGAUGGACAUGUUUCGGAACAGCUAUAUUUUUUGCAACUUUACAAAUUACAGAAAGUCUUCAUUUUCGUUUUAUUAUUAUUCAAUCUUCACUUACUGCACUUUCGCAAGGAUUUAUUCAUGCAUCAUUACAUUUAUUUUAUGAGGGACAUAAAGGUGAUGGUAAACAAUGGAGUGUAUCUUCACGUAGUGGAUCUAUAUGUAGUGAAGAAAUUGCUCAUCCUACUGGAUAUGAUGAGGAGGAAGAUUCACUACGAGAAGAAGGACGUUCACUUGUUACAUCUGUACUAAAUGGAGAGAUGUUAACAGCUAUUCUUCUUUGUACAAUUGGUUUACUUUUACGUGUUAUAACAGAUGUAGCAGUUGUAAGUGGAAAUGAAUUUGAAGAAAUUAUUUAUAUUCCUACAGAUUCACUUUUAAAAGUAUCUACUUUUCUUUUCUUUUUGGUGGUACCAAUUGCACAUAUUUCAAUGAGAGAACGAAUUUCCAUAUGGCAACCUUUUGUUGGUUGUGGAGGAUAUGUAGCUAUGCAAUCUAUUGGAUGGUCUGUUUAUGCUGUAAAUAUUUUAGUUGCAUUGGCUAAUAGUUUUCUUGGUAAACGUAAAGGUUUAUUAUUACCUAUAAUGGAAGAUCAAUACGUUUUCCUAGAGUAUACUAUGGAAGGAUUAUUUGCCACCAUACCUCUUAUUUGCAUUAUUAUGGGAGCUUUCUUUGAAACGCAGGAACAAAAUUGUAAAAAAAGUUUUCAAGAACGUUCACGUCAAGAAGUAUUGGAGUUGUAUAGAGUACUUCAACGAGCUAUUCCAGAUGAAGAAGAUUUACGCCAUGCGGAAUCACUUUUAAAAGCUAUUGCAGGUCCACGAUGGAUGGAUCCACCAGCAAAUGAUGGAGUACGUCUUAUUCAUGAAGAUGAAGAAACAGCACAAACAAGACAAGAAGCUGCUACACAUAUAGUAACUAUUUUAGCAUUAGCAGGAAUAUUGGCAUUUGCAUCUGGAGCUUUUUUAACAGAACGUCAACCUGUUUUUACUUUGGUAUUUGGUCUUGCUGGUGUAACUGUAACUACUAUUUCUUGUUUCUCUGUUCAUUACGUUUAUGGUACUUUCUUACAUCGUGCUUCUGGGCGUUAUUCUUUUUUUAUGCCUUUUUCAGGUGGAUCAACCUUUGUGACUUUACAGGCUAUUGGAUGGGGUUUCUAUACUGCUUCAUCUCUGUUAAUAGCUGUUUGCUGUGUUGAAGGGCGAGGAUCUGCGGUUAUGUAUACAGCUGCAUGUGUUUUUAGUGUUAGUGCUCAGUAUUGUAUUCUAAAUUCUAUCCCACGAUUUGAUCCUACUCCACGACCCACAUCUGUGUUGGAACGGAACGCAGAAGGUAUUGUUGCUGUUCUUGCACUUAUAGCUUCUUUUGGUUUUGCAUCCGUGUGUGAUUUGCAUGUACAAGGUCGUAUAUCGGGUGGUGCUUCUUCUUUACUACCUAUUACACUAACAGCAGUUUCUACAUGUUUUGCAGUUCCACUAGGACUUGUUUCACUUAAACGUAAUGCAAAUAUGUACAAUUUUUCACCUUUCUCUAUAUUGGAUAACUCGGUUAACUUGGAUGACAGCGAUGCGGAUGUGGACAGCACAGAACCAUCACUAGCACAAACAGGACGUUCCCCAAUACCAUCAGAAUAUCUCUCUCCAUUGCCAUCUCCAUCUCUUGGAGCUACAUUACUUCAACGUCAGACAAGUGACUACAGUAGUGAAGUGAGUAGUAUGGGUUCACCACAAACUUCAUCCUUUUUUUCAAAUGAGUUGGGACAAACCGUAAGACGAGGUUAUAACGGUCAUAUUCGUGAAAGGGUAUAUUUAUCAUGUCUUUCAAUAGCUGUAUUUUUUGCUAUUUUAGUAACGGCACUUGUACCCUUUGCUUUUGGUUACAUCGCUUACGGUUAUGCAUAUAGUGGUUUUGCAGCUAUUAAAGCCGCAUCUACUUCACUUCAACUUCUUUUAUUUGGAUUCGCCAUCGCUGUUUUGGUUCCAAUGUUUGCACCAUCUGAAGCACGUAGAAAACAAAAAACACUACAACGUCGUCUUUACGCUGCUUUUUGUUCUUUUGUUAUUUAUUCUAUUCCUACAAUGGUGGUGGUUGGUUCAUUAAGUCUUCCUCUUAUAUUUGACACAAUGGGAGCCUGGACUUUUGCUUCAACUAUGGUUGUUAUGUCAUGUAUUUCUACCCUUCCACAUGUACAUCUUAUUUCAACCUUAACUAAUGUUUGUGCACUUGGCUACUUUCUUCACUACCACAUUUAUGCUUGCCUUUUAAGUGGGACAUCACCUUUUUCUUUAUGGAAAUUCAUUGCAGAUACUUUUGCUACUUCAUUUUGGUUAUUUUAUUUCAAUCGCUUUGUCGGAAGACCUCACCUUACUGGUCGUUUACGCAAUGCCACCGCACGCGAUUUUUUAUACCGCUGGGUGUUUUCAGGGGUGGCUGAAUACUUUGAUCUCCGCGUGAUUGCAGACAAGGACGACGGUGACGAAAACGACAAUAACAACAAUGAUAAAAACAAGGUUGGCUUCAGACAUGUGGAUAUGAAUGAUCCCACUCAUCAGUAUCUCUUCUCCUUCCACCCCCACGGUAUUUUUCCCGGCACGGCGAUGUGGGCCCCCAUCACGCGGCAGUGGGACACCACAGUCGGUUGGAAUCCAAAGACGUACGUCACCACACACGGCGCGGAUGUCAUUUUUUCCGUUCCACUCAUGCGGGACUUUGCACUUGCGGUUGGAGGAAUGGGCGUCUCGCGGCGGGGCAUUGAGAACAGUCUGCAGGCCGGCAACAGCCCCAUCAUCGUGACGGGCGGCCAGGCGGAGAUGGUGCUCUCGCGGAUGAGCGACACGGAAAUGCACCUCGUCACUCAUCACAGCGGGUUUGUGCGGAUUGCGUUGCGCCACAACGUCCCACUCGUCCCGCUGUUGUGUUUCGCCGAACAUAAUGUGCUCGGGAAUAUUCGGCUGCCGCGGCUGCAGCGCUACGCCGUGCGGCGCGUGGGAUUCCCGUUUCCAACAAUCCCGUACGGUCGCUGGUAUCUCCCGCUGCCCACCAACCGCCCGCUCACUCUCGUCAUUGGCCGCCCAGUCUACCCGGAGGACGGCGCGGUGGACGCGGAGAACCCCGAGGACGUCGCGAGAUUCCAACAGCGCUAUUUUGCCGAGUUGGAGCGUAUCUUCUUUAAAUACCGCGCCAUCGCCGGAUAUCCAAAUAUGUCCCUCGUCCUUCACAAUCAUGAGGAAGUGCAGUACCUCACCAAACCAACAGAGAAACCACUAGUAGGAGUGAAUCCAACCAAAAGAGAGAUAUUGCGUAGUGAAGAAACAAAAGAAAUACAAGAAGGCUAUCAUGCCGAUCAAGAAAAACAAAACACUGUUAAUGAUGUUAAAACAGGAGGCAGUGUGGAACAAACAGAAACAAAUAAAAGAUUAAACAGAAUAGAAAUUUAG